AUGAAAGAUGAUGCAGUUGCCAUCAAACUCAAACUCAUCGCCAACCACUCAUCUUCUGUACAGCGCGAAUACACCAUCUUGAAACGACUUGAAGGUGGAGUCAGAAUACCCCGUGCCCUCUGGUUCGGUAGAGAGUCAGCAUAUCAUGCUUUGGUUCUCAACCUCCUUGGGCCGUCAUUGCAUGAUAUUUUCCUUGCACACAAUCAAAAAUUCAGCCUUCACACUGUCGUGAAUCUAGGAGACCAGCUGCUCUCUCAUCUUGAGUACAUCCACUCACACAAUUACGUUCACGGUGAUAUCAAACCACAGAAUGUCUUGGUGGGUCUUGGCCAUUUGAGGCACACUGCAUUCAUUAUCGAUUUUGGUAUCGCGAAGGAAUACUGGGACACUACAACCAAAGUCCAUAUCCCAUUUCGUCAGAAUCAAUGUCUCACUGGCACUCCCGCAUUCGCUUCACUCAAUAAUCACUUAGGAGUUGACCCGGGUUGUCGUGAUGAUCUCGAGUCGCUGACAUACAUGUUAAUCUAUUUGUUGCAUGGCUCCCUUCUGUUACAAGUAACAUCGGUCACGUGGCCCCCCUAUCAUUUUCCCUUCAUCCUCGCCCUCACCAUCUACCGGCUCGUCCUCCUUUACCGCCUUUCCAUUGACCGGAUCCUCGGGACUGUUCCCGUCCCUCGCAUCGCCCGCCUCUAUGCACGUGCACGCACGUUCCUCCUUUGA